CGGUAAUGGUGUGUGGUUAUCACUUGUCUCGUGUCUGACGCGAGUCGUGCGUUGGUGAGCUGCUGCAAUCUUCAAUGUGAGUAUUGUUGCUUCAUAAAGCAGCAGCAGCUCCCUCUUCCCUUUCCACUCUAUGUUUCGAUCGUUUUCUGCUCGUUAUAAUCAAUGGUACCAAAGGUCGCCGGUGCUGACCAUGUGUUUCACGGCAGCAACCCUUGCAGGCAUUUCCGACGGCCUUGCUCAGGGACUGACCAUUUAUCGCGCUCGUAAAAACGCUAUUACCGGUUUAGGCGGUGAGAAGCUUCGUGCUCAUCCAGAGCUGCCGAGCAUACGUCGAGUACUUCAGUUUGUCGGGUUUGGUUUUGCAAUUUCACCCAUUCAGUUUCGAUGGCUUCGCUUUUUAGCCCAAAAGCUUCCUGUGAGUAAGGGUGUUGGGAACGUUGUUUCUCGUGUCCUUUUGGAUCAAAUAGUUUUUGCUCCGUUUGGUCUAAGUGCAUUUUACACUUGGAUGACACUCACUGAGGGUAACACUCUCCGAGAGGCAAAACGUCGUUUGCAAAAUGUCCUUUUGCCAACUUUAAAGGCCAAUUACUCUGUUUGGCCAUUCGUUCAAGCUGUGAACUUUUGGUUCAUGCCUUUGCAAUAUCAACUGCCAUUCUCAAGCAUUGUGUCUCUUUUUUGGAAUAUGUUCCUUAGUAUUAUGAACGCAUCCGAGUCUGAAGAAAUUACCCAACUUGGUGAGAUUGAACUGGUUUAGAUUCCGAUUGCAGCACUAUUCCGCAGUAUCCCCGGAUUGCAAGCAUUUUUCUCAUCUUACGGAUACAAGUUGAUCAGUAACACCCGGAUUUCUGGAUCACUUGUAGUCCAUUUGUUUUCCGUUGCAUAGUACACUUUCGUCUAGACGAUAAUGCAAGCAGCAUUGUAGAGUAAUGACAAGAUCAUGAUAGUAAUCUUUAUACAUAAAAAUUCCAAGUGAA